AAGGCGGAGGAGGGGGAGGCGCUGCUCUGGCUGGGAGCAACUUUGGCGAUGCAGGCGAGCCUCCUCUUCCUCCGGGGCUCCCUCUAAGUGGGAUCAUGGGGGAGGCUCCCUCGGGGCUGCUGCUGCUGCUGCUGCUGCUCCUGCUGCUUGCCCCUUCCGUCCGCAGCGGAGCUCCUCCUGCCUUCGCCUUCCCUCUCAGAGUCUCAGCCCCGCUGCCCCCCCGACGCCGCUCCCCUCCCGACGCCCCUCUGGAGGACGCCCCGGGAGCCCCAGCCCCAGGAGCCCCAGCCGGGGUUAGCCCUGGCUUCGGAGCCCCGAGGUGGUGCCUCCCUCUCAUCGGCGGAGCUGGUGGCCAUGGUGGCCAACCUGGAGGGCGACUCCGGACGUGGCUACUACCUGGAGAUGCUCCUGGGCUCCCCGCCUCAGAAGCUAAAUAUUCUGGUUGACACUGGAAGCAGCAACUUUGCAGUUGCAGGUGCACCAAAUGAAGAGCUGACAACCUAUUUUGACAGUGAAAAAUCCAGCACGUAUAUUCCCCUGGGCGUUGAGGUCUCUGUUAAAUACACCCAAGGGAGCUGGACUGGAACUCUUGGAACUGACAUUAUUACUAUGCCAAAAGGAAUCAAUGGCACUUACACUAUCAACAUUGCAACCAUCUCUCAGUCUGAGAAUUUCUUUUUAAAAGGCAUUAAAUGGCAAGGGAUCCUUGGUCUUGCUUAUGAUGCCUUGGCCAAGCCUUCAAGUUCAGUGGAGACGUUUUUUGAUUCCCUUGUGAAUCAAGCAAAUAUCCCUGACGUUUUUUCCUUGCAGAUGUGUGGAGCUGGUCUGCCUAUUUCUGGAACUGGUACUAAUGGAGGUAGCCUUAUCCUCGGUGGAAUUGAACCAAGUUUAUACAAGGGAGAAAUCUGGUACACACCUAUUCAAAGAGAAUGGUAUUAUCAAGUUGAAAUACUCAAAUUGGAAGUUGGAGGUCAGAAUCUUAAUUUGGACUGUAAAGAGUAUAAUUCAGAUAAAGCAAUUGUCGACAGUGGCACCACUCUCCUGCGCCUUCCAGAAAAAGUCUUCAGUGCUGUUGUGGAAGCAAUUAUACAAACCUCCUUGAUCCAGGAAUUCCCACCUGGCUUUUGGAGUGGUACACAGCUUGCCUGCUGGGUUAAAACUGAAAAACCGUGGACCUUUUUUCCUGAGAUCUCUAUUUAUCUAAGAGAUGAAAAUGUCAGCAGAUCAUUUAGGAUCACAAUCCUUCCACAGCUUUAUAUUCAGCCUGUUCUAGAAUAUGGUGAGAAUUUAGCCUGUUAUCGGUUUGGCAUCUCCUCUUCUAACAAUGCCUUGGUCAUUGGUGCUACAGUGAUGGAAGGAUUCUAUGUCAUCUUUGACAGAGCUCAGAAGAGAGUAGGCUUUGCCUUAAGUACCUGUGCUGAAAUGGAUGGUUCUCCAGUGUCUGAGAUCAAAGGCCCUUUCACAACUGCAGAUGUAGCAAGCACCUGCGUCUCCACAAUAUCCCUCCAUGAACCAUUGCUAUGGAUUGUGUCCUACACACUUAUGAGUUUCUGUGGACUUGUUCUUCUUGUGCUAGUUAUCUUACUGCUCCUACCAGCUCGGUGUCGUCAUCAUUAUACUGACAAUGACCUUGUAAAUGAUGAAUCAUCGUUAGUAAGACAUCGAUGGAAAUGAAGAAUUCAAUCAAAACAUACAGAAUCACUGUACUCUAUGUAGCAGAAUUCAGGGGGAAUUCUUUUCAACAAAAGCUGGAAGUCCAGGCAUUGCUCCUUAUCCAUAUUAGCACCACAUUCCACCACCAAAUGGCUUUCAGUUCCACUGCAAUACAAUUUUAAGCUUUAUUUUUUAAGACCAGUUUUGAACCAUGUACAUAUAUAACCACUGCAAGUGCUACCCUGCUAUUUCUAGUUAAUAUUCAUACAACCGAGCCAAUUAGUAUAACAUCUAUUUUUUUAAAAAUGCUAAAAGUUCAUUCAAUUGCUGCCCUCCUUCCAAUAACAAAAACAUUAAAAAGUCAUGGCUUUGCAAAGUCGUUUGAAUGUCAAAUUGGAAUUAUGAAGCAAAAGCUUUAUUAAUUUUUAUUUGUAUUAGUCACUACAAAAAAAAAAUCUGGCUUAUGAACCACAUCUACAUCAAUGGCUGGUGGAAAGAGACAGUAGUCCUUUCUGUAGAAGGGGGAUGCAAAACAGGCUCAAAUAGUAGGGAUUUCUUUUCUUUCUGAUGGAAAUGAUUAUCUGUUACUUUCAAUGGAUCCUUCUUUUUGACUCUCAUAAGAAAAGACUUAGAGGAAAACAUUGAAACCAAAAAUGUAUUGUGUAGCCUUAAUAUAAAACAACACUACCUCUGGAUUAACAAAGGUGCCAUUCACAAGUAUGAUGCAGAUAGAAUGAUCUUGACAAAGAGAAAGAUCACUUUUCACAGAAAUAUAGCAGCAGUGCUUAACUCCUUUCAGCUGUCCUUUUGAGCUCCCCUCUCCACUUAAUGACAUUUGAUUUUACCACCCAUAUUGGCAUUCUGUUUUCUGAAUGCAUGCAUAAUAUUUGGAUGGAUUCCUCAAAGCUUUGCACUUAUGGUAUGUCCUGCAAAGUAGGUGAACUAUAUUUUUUUCUUUCUUUCAUACCUCUGGAUUAGCUUAGUUAACAUAUUUCUUCAGUAAGCCAUUGCUCUUGGAAUUCUUAAACAUAUAUAUUUUAUAACACAGAAUCUUUAUAUCAUAGGGUAAGCAAUAAGCUAUAACCCUAAAAAGAACUGAUAGCACUGAAAUGUGUAUACAAACUUUGCUAAUACUGACAACAAAAUUGUGUUGAAAGAUUGUUUGAUUGUUAGUUGAAAUGAAAUUUAAAUUUACCUAAACCUUUUCCUUCCAUAGUAUUUUUCACCACUGUCAAUUAAUUCACUGCUUUAUAUCAAAUAUUGGAGUUAGGACACUGUAAAUACAAAUACAUAAAAUAUAAUAAUAAUAAUCUAGUAUAUCAGAAAUUGCAGUGCUGGGGUUUUUAUGUUGUUGUUUCUGCUUUGGUAGAAUCCCUUGCUACAAAAUACGACUGAUGAAGA